AUGAGCGGAUAUUGUGAUAUUGGCAAACAUCUACACAGUGUCACUUCAUUGCGCUGCUCGGGCCUUAGAUCGUCUUUAGAAUGCCUUGAAGGAGACGUUAAAAUCAUAGUUUUAGCAGAGAUAUCAUUAAGUUUAUCUAAUUUGAACUGUAACCUAGAGAUAUGUGAAGGUCAUAAAGAAUUUAUUAUUGAAAAUGUAUCAAAGCGAAAUCGUCGGACCAGAUGUGGUAUUGGGGAAAUUCAAUCUUCACUUCAAUUCCAUGAUACAGAAAAAAAGGCUGAAAGACAUGUUACUGCAGAGCUGUGUGCCAGGAUACAGCAGGUUGCUGGAGUUGUUAUUCCUGUUGGAACACGGAAACAGUUUCCAUGGGAUUCAAUUGUUCUAGGAAAAGUUACCACCACCCCUCUAAGAAUGUUAUUUGAUGACAAUGGUAGGGUAACGGCAGAAAUUAUGGAUUCAGAUUCUGAUAAUG